AGACGUUAGGUUUUGCAUGAGGCAUAUGUAUGCUAACUUCAGGAUAUUGUUUAAGGGGAAGGACUUGAAAGAUUUGAUGUGGGGGGUAGCUUGUGCAUAUACAGUUCUUGAAUUUGAGUUGAAGAUGAAUCAGUUGCUCCAACUGAACCCAGAAGCACAUGAGUGGUUACUCAAAGAACCACCACAACACUGGGCAAGGUGUUUUUUCAGUCCAAUGCCCAAAUGUAAUAGGCUGGAUAAUAAUCUAUCUGAAUCAUUCAACAAAUCCAUCAUGGAGGCCAGGGAUAAGCCCAUACUUACAAUGUUGGAGAUGAUUAGGAGACAGCUUAUGAGCAGAUUUCAAGAGAGGUUUCAUUUCAUUCAAAAAUUCUCUGGUUUGAUAUGUCCAAGCAUUCAAAAGAAGUUAGAGAAAAAGAAAGCUAAGGCUAGAGAUUGUGAUGUCUUGUAUGCUGGGGGUACUAUUUUUGAAGUAACUACUUACUUCAAGACAUAUGUUGUGGAUAUAGGCAGACAUAGUUGCACGUGUAGGCAAUGGGACCUCACUGGAAUUCCAUGCAAACAUGGAAUUGCUGCCAUCUGGAUUGACAAGAGAGAACCUGAAGAGUUUGUCCAUCAGUGCUUUCACAUUAGUACCUUUAUAAACACAUAUAAUGACAUGAUCAACCCUAUCCCAGAUCAAAGUCUUUGGGUGCACACAAACUCUGAUCCUAUCAUGCCCCCAAUUCUGAGGAAACAAUCUGGGAGGCCAAGAAAAUCAAGGAGAAAGGCAGCUGAUGAACCUAAAUAUCCUGAAAGGAUAAGGAAGCAUUAUGAGUCUCUUAGAUGUGGCAAUUGUUCUGAAUUUGGUCAUAACACUCGCACUUGCAAAGCACCUAAGAAGCCUACACAGGUUGGAACUGUGACCACUUCCACUGGUAGGGGUAGAGGUGCUAGUAAUGGAAGGGGCAAAAGAGGAAGGGGCAAGAGUACACACAUUGGAAGGGGCAGAGGUUCAAGCACUGGAAGGGGUAGAGCUGCAAUCACUGGAAGGGGCAGAGCUGUAACUGCUGUAGGCAGAGGCAUAGGGUUACCCCUUCCUCCAUCUACAACCGCUGGACCUCCACCUGCAAGCAUUGGAAGAAGCAGAGCUUUAACUGUUGUAGGCAGAGGCAUAGGGUUACCUCCUCCUCCCCCUGCUAUGCAUCCACAUCAGGUUAUAUGAAUUUUAUUAAAGUGUUUGUUUAUUGUUCAGUUAUAUAUCAUAUUAAAUAUUGAAAUUUCAAAUCAAACAUGUGCAAUUUAGGCCUACAAGAAUUGGUGAUGCAACAUUUGCAACAUGUGUUGGUCGUGGUUCCCAAGAACUUAGGAUGAAGCAACCUGUUAGAAGAGGGGCACUAGGAAGUCAGAGAUCAAUUCUUGGUUCACAAGGCCAGACCUCUGUGGUUGGUUCACAAGGCUCCUCAUCAACACCUCAAAGUCAGCCAUCAUCAUCUGUUCAUGAUGGUAGUGGAUAUGCCAUGUUCUAAGUAACUUACUUAGGUCUCUUUUGUCUAAGCAAGGAUGAUCUCACAGGCUGUUAAGUCUUUUUGUUUAAGUAUGGAUGAUCCCAAACUUAGUUAACUAUUUUGUUUAAGUAUGGAUGAAUGUAAGGGCAGUGGGCUCUGCCAUAUUUUGCUGGAAACUUGACAAGUUGGACGUAGUUUACUAAGGCUUAUGGCCUUUUGCUAAAUUCUGAA